UCAGCAGACUGACCGCCGAGGCGCCAAGCCAACAGCGAGGGAGUAUCCUUUCCAAAGCCAAAGCGAUCACAAACCUGAAACCACAGACGUCACACUCACUCCAUGGCAAGACACCGGGAAUCGUUAUUGCCUCUUCAAGUUCUGCUGUGCGUUGAGUUGCUCGCCCUCGCAUCCUUCUCCCUGGCCUCCGGCGACGGCGAUCUCGUCCCGGAGAGAAGAGAAGUCUACGACAAUGGACGAAUCUUCGAUAUCAGUCACAGGAUCACCCCGGACCUGUCCUAUUGGCUCUACGAAGAUGGGCUCGGUCAGUUCCUCUGGCUGCAGAAGAGUAUGAAGAACGGCUCUCUCGCGAACAUCUCCGAGAUGAAGCUCCCCACCCACAUCGGCACCCACGUCGACGCGCCGGGUCACUUCUACGACGACUACUUUGACGCCGGAUUCGAUAUCGACACUCUCGACCUUGGAGUGCUUAACGGUCCUGCAUUGUUGGUUGAUGUUCCAAGGGACAAGAAGAUAACUGCUGAAGUCAUGAAGUUCUUAAACAUUCCUAAAGGAGUCCAACGCGUGCUUUUCAGAACAUUAAACACUGACAGGCAGCUUAUGCAGAAAAGUAAGUAUGACACAAGCUAUGUGGGAUUCAUGGAGGAUGGUGCAAAAUGGUUGGUAGAGAACACUGAAAUUAAACUGAUUGGAAUUGAUUACUUAUCUGCUGCAGCGCACGUUGAUUUGAUUUCUUCACAUCUUAUUUUUCUGAAAAGCAGGGAGGAUGUUGUUCGCUGUGUAUUUCUGCUUUGCUACUGUAUAGAGGCUGUUUGGUACUGUUAGAGCUGUGUGCUGGUUUCUUGGGGCUGUGAGGAAGUUUCUUUGGUGCUGUGGAAGCCUUAUGCUGGUUAGUUGCGACUCAUAAAUGGUGGGUCACCUUAUUCGUGGUUGCUCCAAUUGUUCUGGUGUUGUGUGUUGGUUUCUCGAGGCUGUGUCUAGGUCUCUUGGAGGCUUGGAGCUGUGGCAGAGUUUAUACAUUGACUUUGUAGGGCUGUGGAAGUGCUAUUUUUACUUCUUGGUGACUCAUUCAUGGUUGAAUCAGCAGUUGACUCAUUUGGUUUUGUUUUGGUUGGUUCAGAAAUUCACUUGUGGUUGUUUCGGUUGGCCCAGAAGUUUUCUUUUGGAAUCCCAAGAGCAUUUUGUUUGCUGUGAUUUUCUGAUUUGCUGCUGUAUCGAGUUUUUGUGCAUGUUGGGAUGGCAUUCUCAAAGCCCCGUUGGUCAAUGUUUAUUGAGUUCAUUGAGGCCUGAAACAGUGUUAUUUCUUUGUUCUUGAUUAGUUUUUUGUCUU